AGUCCUUUACUUUUUUUCGUUUCUUCUCAAAAAAAAAAAGUCCUUUACUUUUAGUUUGAAAAUGGCAGCAACCCAAGAGCAAGAUGAGUCAACUCUGGAGCUCAUUCGCCAACAUCUCUUAGGAGACUUCACCUUCACAGACAACUUCAUAACCAAUCUCAACUUCGACCAAACCCCAGAACUCUACUUCCAACCCAUCAUCAAGUCCGAGUACUCCAUAUCCGAAUCCGAGUCCACUUCCCCUGUUUCAAGCUGCCUCAACCCGAAACCCGAACCCGUAACCGAAGAAGAACCCAUGAGCAGCGAGCCCAAGAGAAAGUCAAGCAGCUCUUCCAACUCCAGCUCGUCGACGGGGGAGGUGAGCAGGCAUUACAGGGGAGUCAGGAGAAGGCCGUGGGGCAAGUUCGCGGCGGAGAUCCGUGACCCGGCCCGGAAGGGCAGCCGGGUCUGGUUGGGGACGUUUGACACUGAUGUGGAUGCUGCCAAGGCUUAUGACUGUGCUGCAUUCAAGCUCAGGGGAAGGAAAGCUAUACUGAAUUUUCCGCUGGAGGCCGGAGAGUCUAACCCGCCGAGUAAUACGGGUCGGAAGAGGAGGAAGGCGGUGAAGCAAGAGGAGGAGGAGGAGGAGGAGGAGGAGGAGGAGAAGGCGCCGGAGCCGGAGGAGUUGGAGGUGCAGAGCUGGGUGGAUUGGGAUGGAGAAGAAGCUUGAAGCUCUCAACUGGGUUCUCAGGAUGCUCUGCUAUAGUGCUGACGUGUAAGGAUAUGAAUGUGUCGGUUUGUUGUUAUUACUAAAUGAAUUACUGCAUUGCGAGAUGGUAAUGUGAGAUGAUGAUAGGGACUAAUUAGAAAUAAGGAGAAAUGCAAUGUGUAAUUAUUAAUACAA